AUGAGGUAAUGACAAUGAGAAUCACAUAGAGAAACGUAAUCUACAAGGUCCCAUAUUGCUCAGUUUUUUAAAUAUUUAUCAAUUUUAUUUCAAAAGUGACUUAGAUGCGUGUUAGACGAUGAAGAAGCAUAAAGCAACUCCUCGUCCAAGCAUUCCCAACAUCCGUAAAGUGCUCAGAAAACAAAAGAGACAAGCGAAAAAACAACACCGGCAAGAGCAUUAUUUGAAGAAGAAAGCUGACAAAGAUAAACAUCAACACAUUCCAGGACGGUUUGUAAAACGGCCUGCAGAUGAUCUAGAUUCCAGCACACAAGUGAAGAAAAAGAAACAAAAGGUUCAACCCACAGCUCAAGACAUCCUAUCCCUCGAGCGUCAAAAGGACCAAAAAGAAGUAAGAAAACUUAAUUCCGAAAUGGAAGAACAGAGACGGAAAAUGCUCGUUAAAGCCAACGAAGACGAAGAUAAAGUUAUUAAAAAACUGGAAAAACAGCUUGGACUUAAUAAGGCGAAAAAUAAAAAUAACUAUUUUGCUGAUGAUGGUUUGGACUUUCUACUAGAGAUAUGUGACAGAACUACAACACAAGAAAUAGUUGCUGCAGAAAAGCAUCUAGCUGAUGUGGAAGGAGAAUCAGACUUUGAAGAAGACUUGGCCGCUGUCACUGGCAAGAAAUUAAAUAAAAGCAAAGAUAAACAAAAAAUUUAUGACAGCGAAAAGGGUAAUGAAGAUUUGAAUGAUGACAUUAGUGAAGAUCUUGAGGAAACUAAUGAUGAUCUGAGUGGUGGUGAUGCUGAUCUCGUUGAGGAAGCUUCUGAUGAUGAUGGAUCAGAAUUUGACAAGGGUGUGUCGAAAAUUGAUUCUGAAGUUAGUUCCUACUCUGAAGGUGAAGCCGAAGGAACUCUAACAAAAUCUCGAAAAAGUAAAUCAAAAGAAGACUUUAACAACAGUAAACAAUCUAAACAUGAAAAUAAACAAAACAAAUCAAGUAAUGAGAAAAUAAUAUCAGAAGAUGAUCUGAAUAAAGUAUUUAGUGAUGAUGAAAUAUCACAUUUGUCUGAUGAUGGUGACUUUUCUGGUGAUGAAAGUGACAACAAUGAUGAUGAUAGUAAGAAGAAAGAAAAACCUGAUGUUUGGGAAGAUAUUUAUGGCCGGAAGAGAGAUAAAGAAGGAAAUGUUAUAAAGGAUGACAAAGGCGUAUACAUUCCACCGCAUUUGAGAAACAAGGACUCUGCUUCAGACAAGGACUUGGCACUGAUAAAGAGACAAAUUAAAAGUAAGUGUAAAAGUAGUAAAUGUAAAAAACGAAACCAGAUAACUGUCUAUUCUUGA